UUCGUUUAAGGUUUUCGCUGAUGUGACGAAUGACUAUUGCUUCAGAAUCAGUGAAGGAUUCUUUAGGAUUGGGAUCAUGAAUGCCAUAAAAUAUCAGAUUGUUUCGGCGCGAGUGGUUUUCGCUGUCGUCUAUACGGGAUUCAGGGUCAUGAUACCGGCGGGUUAUUGUAGCGCUUAAAGUUUUGAGGUCAUCUAAUUCAGUGCGCAUGCUUGAGAGCCGAUUGUAAUGCGAUUCAAGGUCAGUCAAACGCUUGCAUAUGUCAGCCAAUGUUACGUCCGUAGAUAGCAGGUGAUCUUUAACAGUCUGAAGUUCAGAGAUUAGUUUGGUUUGGCCUGCGGACACAAUUAUUAGUUCAGCGAGCACAGAAUCUAGCGUGGGUCCCGGGUUAGCUUCAAUAUCCCCUGCCAAAAGUAUUAAAGAACGGACCACUUGCAAACAUUCGACAAUAAUAACAACGCAGCACUGCGGGCUCGGCAGCUGUACUAAGAAGUAAUUGCUUGAUUUUUUACAAAGCAGAACCUGCGAGUUACCAACCUGCAUGGUAAAGAUGAACGGAUUAGUAGACCGUGCUUUCACACAGCUACCGAGCCCACAGAGCGGCGCAGACGGGUGGCACUCUCUUAUAGCGGCUGAGGUUGACGUUUGUUUCGUUGUGAUUGGCCAGGCUGGAUUGAAGAUUGCGACAUCUGGUGGCGGGACAGUAACGCGCAGAUUGGUCAGUGGAUAGCGCCAGUUGUGACAGCCAUCUUCGAAGUAGUUGGGGGCCGGAUUCGGUGCAGGUACGGCGUAGGCAGGCAGGAGAGCGACCAGGAGCGUGCUGGUGAUGGCGCAUGGCACGACCAUUGACCUCGACUCGCACACGAACACUGGGUUGCGCCUGACCUGCGAGAUUGCGCCGGGGGGAUCUUGGCGUCCACGCCCAGCUUCGCCUGCCUGCGCCGCACGCCGCGCAGAAUUGAAUGCACUAAUCUUUCGCACCGCCACGUGCUGCCGCGCAGCGGCGUGUGUCUCGCACAGCCAGCAACUCGAGAGCCGCAGCUUCCAUUACGUUGAGCCGUCUACCUUUACCGUCCCCACCCACCGCCGUGAACUAGCAAGAUGACAGGGCUGGCAAUGAUCGCGGCUGCGAUGACUGCGGCGGUGCUUAGCUACGUCCACUGCGCAAACAUCACAGAGGGCCCGGAGUUUGCCGGCGGGGAGCAAGUCGCAGAGCUCAAGACACGGCCCAACAUUCGGGGCAGAAUCUGGGGGAGAGGCACCAGAUUGGGGUAUAACCGCACCGCCGACACGUACAAGAAAAGCUCCUCGCUCUCCGGCUGGAAGAUCGCUGUCCUCGUCAUCGUUCCUCUUGUUGUGCUGAUCGGAAUCGUCGUGCUCCGGCCAUACGUCUCCAGAGCCUGCGCGGGGCGAAAGGGGGGCACCUCGUACGCUUAUCAGGCAGGACCACCGGCUUACCCAGUUAGCCCCGGAACGGAAGCGGGACAAAAGCUUUGAGCCCUUGCACGGAUCUUCGCCCGUGAAAGCCACAAGCCUCCGCUUGGGAAGACCUCUCAAAUAUUUGCAAACGCUGCUCACAGCCUGUUGAUUUCUUGCUGAGUGCAGGGCCGGUAUGAUGCAAUGAUUCCUUUCACGCGAUUCUAUUCCUUUGCUAUAGUACGCCACUCACGCGCGGGGGAUCGCGGGAAUAAUGUGCGUACGCCGUACACGGCCUCUGAGAUUACGAUCUCGCGCUAUCUCGGAGGCAAUGAUGCGGAGCACCGCCAAGACCGCUAGUGAAACGCGGAAAGGAAUGGCGUUGGAAUGGAAUCGCUGCAUUAUCCCGGCCCAGGAUUCGUAUAGGGAGUAUUCACUGACGUCAUGGCAUGCCGAACGAAGCUAUGCCGAACAAAGUUGCGCCAUCUUGCCUGCUUUUUUUGUUUUGCUGAAAGGCCGAUGUCGUCUUCGCCUGUCUGCUUGAAGGAGCAAAAACGGCGGAAUGAUACAAUAAGGUAGAAUUCGGCAUUGCCCGCAUUGGCGCUUCCACCUGAUGCAGCAUUUGAUGUUUGCAGGGUUUGGGAUCGAAUAAGCAACUAAUCGAGCUCCCUUGUCUUUCUGACACACGAGUCGAAAAGAGAAAAGACGAGUGUGUAAUCGUAUGCGUGCUGUUUUUUGAGGCACCGGUAUAUCGGUUAAGUGCACAGCGGGUGUUUCGAAUAAAGCUUUUUAGAUAAGGCUGUUGAAGGCUAUGCAAUGAAACAGCAGCGUGUUUCCAUGCGCAGAUAACGUGUGUUCGUAUGACGACGCCGUGCGCGUCCUAUCAGAGUAGUGGUGAUAGUUGAACUUGAAGUACGUCGUGUCUAUCGCGUACACUGUGUAAUAAGGACGCUUUUGGGUUAUUGCCUUGGCUUGUGGAUCUAUUGUUAAUGGUUUUUGUAUCCGCCGCAUACCAUCGCUGCACGUAGGAAGGACUCCGGGACGCAUGCUUGCAAGCGGGCAGACUUACGCAGGCUGCUAAUGAUAUUCUCGUUCGCGUGUUCAUCAUCGCAUUUCUUCUUCUCUCUCUGUCUCUUGCCAUUGAUAUGUUCGAGUGUUUAUGAAGGCCAAAAUUAUUUGUUGAUUGAAAGCGAGAGGGGCGUUAUUAUUAACCAUAAUAACGCCAAGCUUCGUACCUCAUAAUGGGGGAUUGGGGCGAUGCAUCCUAAAGAUAAGCCGAAACAAAACUAACACUCUUCACACAAGACUUACAAGUGAACAAAGGGAGCAGACAUUCCAGUGCGAUGCCAAGGUUUUUGCCUUCACAAACUACUUGCACAAACUGCAGUGGACGCGAUCUUCACCGCGUAAUACGAGGAGUGUUUGCCAUGACAUAUCACGUUUUUUGUGCGCCUGCACGCACUUUUCCGCCACGAUAGAUAUCCUCAAAUCUCAAACCUUAAUCGGCGGCUCCAUUAAGAUUUACCAUGUCCUUGUAUACCGUGUCGCACUAUUGUAAUGCUUUGGGCUCAACGAAGGUACUCUUAAGCUUUUUUUGAGAGACUGGCCUCAACCAGACACUCUUAGCUGCUUGUUACUGCGCAUUCUGUGUACACUGCCAAUAGGGAAGGGGAGCGCAGUCGAGGACAGCUGAAAAUUAGGUGGGUUGGUGAAAUGCGGAAAUUUCCAGGCGCAAGUUGGAAUCAGCUAGCGCAAAACAAGAGAAAUGGGAGAUCACCGGUAGAGGCCUUCGUCCUGCAGUGGAUAAAAUAUACUGAUGAUGAUGAUGAUUGAGUGCGUGUAUACGUGUGUACAAUAGAUGUGUCUUUUUAUAUGCCACCCUCUUCAUGUGCAGUAUAGCACGCUCGGCGUACGUUCUGGCAAGCAUUCCAGCAUUUAUUAAAGAAUGUCUCC